UAUCUUCUUCUUGUUCCCAACAAAGCAAAAGUCGCAACCUUUGAGAAAAAAUAGCAAUUUUCUCUGGGAAGAAAAUUCUCAGAGGUUUUAUUUUCCCAGUAACCAAACAAAUCCCUUUCCUCCCUGUUUUCCCUCUAACAAACAACCUUUUAACCUCUUCUCUGUUUUGUUAUCCCCCCCCUCGUCUGUGCUCCAUUGAACUCGUUUCCCUAGAAGAUCUCAGGUUCCGAGGAGCAUAUGCAUGGUUAACGAGGCGUGGGAUUCUUCUUCUGGCUUCGACGUUUUCUUCGGUCUCCUCCAUGAUUCCAUAAAUUAGGGUUUAUAUGGAGCUCGAUUUGCGCGAAAUGCUUGUCGAUUAAGCCUCUGCGAGGGAUUUCCGUUGGUGGGUUCUGAAUUUCUUCUGCGAUUACUUUCGGUGAGACGCGAAGAGAAUACGAUGAUAUUAUCGGCGUCGCCGACGACGCUGGCGAAAAGCUCGCUGGAGGAGAUGCUCGAGUCUCUUCGCAGGCAAGACGAGUACGAUCGGCCGACAGAUACUCCGCCUGCGCUUCCGGCCCGGCCGAAUUCUAGGGCCCGGCUGCCGUCGGCGCGACGAUCGCUUCCGGCGAACUUUGGCGUCGGAAAUGUGAUCGGAGACGGGAACGGGGCCAUCUCCGCCGCGGCGGAGAGCGAAGGCAAGGGGAAGGAGGAUGGGAAGAGGAAAGAGAAGGAUUUAGGAGUGAAGAGGAAGACCUUCGGGAGCAAGAAAAUGAGGACUGAGCAGAGCGGGGAAUGUCCGUACACCGCGAAGGAGAAGAACGUUGCAAUGGAGGGUGUGAAGAGUAGCAGUGUUCAGGUGAGUUCAGCGAAGAAGGCUGAGGACCGUAAGAAGUCUCCGGAAUCCGAAUGGAACGAUAACGUUGAGUAUUUCAUCAAGAAGAAACUUUGUGUUUGGUGUCGGGCACCUAAUGGGCAGUGGCAAUUGGGGAUAAUACAGUCUACUUCCGGUGACGAGUCGUUUGUCAUGUUGUCCCAUGGAAAGGUUGUGAAAGUGUCUACAGAAGGGAUCUUCCCUGCAAACCCCGAGAUUCUUGAAGGUGUUGAAGAUCUUAUACAGUUAAGUUAUCUGAAUGAGCCAUCGGUCGUUUGCAAUCUACGGGUCAGAUAUUCACAAGACUUGAUUUAUAGUAAAGCCGGGCCAGUUUUGAUUGCCGUCAAUCCGUUUAAAGAUGUCCAGAUUUAUGGAAAAGAUAUCCUCUCGGCUUAUCAUCAGAAGGUUUUGGACACUCCUCAUGUGUAUGCCGUGGCUGAUGCAGCUUAUGUUGAGAUGAUGAGAGAUGGCAAGAACCAGUCUAUCAUUAUAAGCGGGGAAAGUGGAGCUGGGAAAACUGAGACGGCAAAAUUCGCGAUGCAGUACUUUGCAGCUCUUGGUAGAGGUAGCUGUGGGGUAGAGUAUGAAAUCCUAGAAACAAAUGGUAUUCUUGAAGCAUUUGGGAAUGCUAAAACAUCAAGAAACUCAAACUCUAGCCGAUUUGGUAAACUGACUGAAAUUCAUUUUAGUGUGAUGGGACAUAUAUGUGGAGCCAAAAUUGAGACUUUUCUGCUAGAAAAGUCAAGAGUGGUUCAGUUGUCCGAUGGUGAAAGAUCCUACCACAUCUUUUAUGAAUUGUGUGCAGGGGCUUCACCAACUCUCAGAGAGAGAUUGAAGCUUAAGACAGCAAGUGAGUACAACUAUCUGAAUCAGAGUGAUUGCUUGACCAUUGAUGGUGUUGAUGAUGCUAUGAAAUUUCAGAAACUAAUGGAAGCUUUUGAUAUCGUUAAAAUACCAAAAGAUUAUCAAGAGCGUACAUUUGCACUUCUUGCGGCUGUGUUGUGGAUAGGGAACAUAUCUUUCCAAGUGAUUGACAGUGAAAAUCAUGUGGAUGUGGUAGCAGAUGAAGCUGUCACCAAUGCUGCAAUGCUUAUGGGUUGCAAGCCUGAGGAGUUUAUGGUGGUUCUAUCUACCCGUAAGCUCCAAGGGGGUAGGGAUGCUAUUGCUAAAAGACUGACAUUGCCUCAGGCAAUUGAUAUGAGGGAUGCGUUGGCAAAAUUCAUCUAUGCCAGCCUUUUUGACCGGCUUGUUGGACAGAUAAACACUACGCUGGAAGUUGGUAAAUCAAAUACAGAGAGAUCUAUAAGUAUUCUUGAUAUAUAUGGGUUUGAAUCAUUCAAGAAUAAUAGUUUUGAGCAAUUCUGUAUUAAUUAUGCAAAUGAGAGACUGCAGCAACACUUCACACGGCAUAUAUUUAAACUUGAACAAGAGGAGUAUGAAGUGGAUGGAAUUGAUUGGGCUAAGGUCGAAUUUGAAGACAAUCAAGAGUGCUUAGAUCUCAUUGAGAAGAAACCCGUUGGUUUGUUGUCUCUAUUAGACGAGGAAUCAAAAUUUCCAAAGGCGACUGAUUUGACCUUCGCCAAUAAGCUCAAGCAGCACUUGAAGGCUAAUCGCUGCUUCAAAGGAGAAAGAGGUCGAGCCUUCAGGGUUAACCAUUAUGCUGGAGAGGUUCUCUAUGAUACAAAUGGUUUUUUGGAGAAGAACCGAGAUCCACUACAUGCUGAUCUCAUACAACUUUUAUCAUCAUGCGCAUGCCACUGCCAGUUGGUGAAAUCGCUGGUUAUGAAAAAUUCUAACAAGUCUCAGAAGCCAUCAAUGUUAUCAGAUUCUACAAAUCAAAGUGUUGGUACGAAGUUUAAGGGUCAACUUUUCAAGUUGAUGAACAAGUUGGAGAACACCACUCCUCAUUUUAUCCGAUGCAUAAUGCCUAAUUCUAAGCAGUUUCCCGGUGUAUAUGAGGAGGAUCUUGUCCUUCAUCAACUUAGAUGUUGUGGUGUUUUAGAGGUUGUCAGAAUAUCUAGAUCGGGAUUUCCCACCCGGUUGACUCAUCAAGAGUUUUCAGAGAGAUAUGGAUUUCCGCUCUCCGGCACGAUAGUAUCUCGGGAUCCACUGAGCAUAUCGAUUGCUGUUCUGAAGCAAUUUAAUAUCCCUCCUGAAUUGUUUCAAGUUGGUUAUACGAAAUUGUACCUCCGAACUGGGCAAAUCGGUAUCCUCGAGGGUAGAAGAAAACUAAUUCUGAAAGGUGUAAUUGGGAUACAGAAACACUUCCGCGGCCGGUGGUCUCGUCAAUAUUUCCGGCAGCUGAGGAAUGGGGCAAUGUUACUGCAAUCAUAUAUCCGAGGUGAAAAUUCCCGAAGAAAGUAUGAUGUUAUAUACCGUGCAGCUUCUGUAUCCCGAGCCAUUGCAGAAGAGAUAACUGCAGCCAUAUUCUUGCAAUCAGUUGUACGUGGCUGGUUGGCUCGAAAUAAAUUCAAUAGCUUGCAAUGCAAGAAACAAUCACAUGGCGAGAAGACAAAACCAAAGAGGAGAUCGAAUAGGAGGAUUUCUGAAGACAAGGAUCUACUGCAAGAGCAGGUCCAGGCCCCACCUCCAACUUCUGCUAUGGCUGAACUUCAGAGGCGAGUUCAGAAAGCCGAAGCAGCUUUAGUGCAGAAGGAAGAAGAAAACACUGAACUGCGGGGCCAAUUGCGACAAUUUGAGGCAAAGUGGUCAGAUUACGAGGCAAAGAUGAAGUCGGUGGAGGAGGCGUGGCAAAAGCAGAUGGCAUCGUUGCAGAUGAGUCUCGCAGCUGCCAGGAAGAGUCUUGCUGACAACAAUGGAGGUCAUCCAACGAGACCCGACACUUCGAUAUCACUGUUCGGUUAUGAUUCAGAGGACACAGUGACGUCUAUAGGAACUCCCGGAAUUUGCACUCCCACGAAAUUCACCAAUGGCAGUUUAAACUCGGUCAGCAAUCUUGCCAGAGAAUUCGAGCAACGGAAAUUUAGUUUCGAUGAAGAUGCAAGGUCUCUUGUCGAGGCGAAAAUGGGACCACAGCUAUCCAUUUCCGACGGCCAACACCACCCAGAAGAAGAACUCAAGAAACUGAAGCUGAGAUUCGAGACAUGGAAGAAAGAUUACAAAGCCAGGUUACGAGAGACAAAAGCAAGACUCCAUCGACUAGAUGGCCACAAGAGUCACCAUCGGAAAUGGUGGGGCAAGAUCAGAGUCUAGGGCUUUUAACCUGAACAGAUCA